AUAGUAUCUCUUGGCCGUUAACGAACCACAUGUCCCUUGCCUUUACGCGCCAUCUGUGGACUCUGUUUUCUCUCAAACACACUCUCUCUCUCUAUUACCAAACCAGUCUUCUGCGAGAAGAAGCUACACUUUUUCCGAUUACUUGUGCUCCGGGCAUUCUCUGAGAAAUUGAAAUCGGAGAAAUCUGCAAAAUCUGCAAGAAGCAGGGAUUGUGGAAACGGAAAUUUCAAAUGAGGACGGUCGUGUCGCGCUUGAUCCAUUCAAGAUCAUCACUUCCCAGGCCCUUUAUGAUGACUGCACCUAAAAAUGGGAGGUAUCUCUCAGGCGAAUCUAAUAAGGUUGAUGAGCCCUUCAAAGUUGAGGAAGCAGAGACUAUUCAAGGCCCCCCUCCUCCAACAGAGAAGUUACUUGUGUUGGGUGGAAAUGGAUUUGUUGGCUCACAUGUUUGUAGAGAAGCAUUAGAUCGUGGACUGUCUGUUGCUAGCCUUAGCAGGUCUGGUAGGUCAAAGUUACAUGAUUCAUGGGCUAACAAUGUGACCUGGUACCAAGGAAACCUUCUAUCACCUGAUUCAUGGAAGGAUGCUCUCGACGGUGUCACGUCUGUUAUAUCCUGUGUUGGUGGCUUUGGCUCCAAUUCUUACAUGUAUAAGAUUAAUGGGACUGCAAACAUCAAUGCAAUUAGAGCUGCUUCUGAGCAUGGUGUGAAAAGAUUUGUGUAUGUCUCUGCUGCUGAUUUUGGCUUGGCAAAUUACUUGCUGCGAGGAUAUUAUGAGGGAAAGAGAGCUGCCGAAACAGAGAUACUAACCAAAUUCCCUUAUGGAGGAGUGAUUUUGAGGCCUGGAUUUAUUUACGGGACUCGAAGUGUUGGGAGCAUAAAGUUACCUCUUGGUGUAAUCGGUUCUCCUCUGGAGAUGUUAUUUCAACAAACAAGACCUCUGAACCAGCUGCCACUAGUGGGACCUCUCUUUACUCCUCCUGUGAAUGUUACUGCUGUAGCGGAGGUUGCUGUUAGAGCAGCUACCGAUCCCGUCUUCCCUCCUGGGAUUGUUGAUAUCUACGGGAUUCAACGUUAUACUCAGCAUAAGUCCAAGUAAAAGUUUUAGUUGUGACGUGAAGAUUCCCUCUACCCUUUUUAUUCAUCAUUAACAGAGUGAUAUUAAGCUGUCAAAAUUUUUCUGCUUGAGAUUUUUGUUCUUCUCUUAGCAGUGAUGUGAAGAUCCUAUUGGUUCUUUCACCUUUCUGAUUCAAUAAUUAAUAAAUAUACGUUAAC